AUGGAUUCUCCCUCCGACCCUCACCAGCUCCCUCCAUACUUAAGGCCCUACAGCUAUCCUGCUGGUGGGCACAGCUAUGGCUACUACUACCCUCCUUCCUCCUCUCAAGCUUCAGCAAUGAGAACCCGCGGUGAAGAUGGCAGCGAGCCACCAAGAAAGCGCAUGGCAACGGGAGCUGGCUACUGUCCUCCCCCGCAGCACGCAAAUCUCUUCAGACCAGUCGACUUCGAUGCUCCAGCGGUGAGCGCAAGGUUGGUUGGCCACAGAGCUAGGAGAAUGCCUGUAACACCAACAGGUUCAAACUGCUCUGAGGAAGACAGCUGGUCGCAGGAGGCCAGUGGUACCCAGGCGGUGAUGGGGAAGGACUCUACGUACAACAAGGAGGGCAUCACCAUCGGUCUCCAGGAAGCAGAUUUGUGGCAUUCCUUCGCCAGUGUCGGUAACGAGAUGAUCGUUACUAAGCCUGGAAGACGCAUGUUCCCAUCUCUUCUCGUCAGUAUAAGAGGCUUGGAACUGAAUGCCAACUACUCCAUCUCCCUAGGAAUUAAAGCAGCCGAUAAGUACCGCUACAAAUUCCUCGGCAUGCGUUGGGUGCCGAUGGGGGAGUCGGAGAUCGUGCAAGACGAGUCUCGCCAAGUGUAUCACCAUCCCAACAGCCCUAAGAGUGGUGCCUUCUGGAUGAAGAAACCUAUCAGCUUCAAACCUUGCAAGAUCACCCACAACACUCACUCAAAGCAUGGAAAUAUUCUCCUCCAUACAAUGCAUAAAUAUGUGCUGAGUGUUAUAGUCAAGAAGAUCGGAGUUGUUGAGUCAGAGACGAUCAUCGUGCUCACUGCCACAGAGUUUAUCACCGUGACAGCCUACCAGAAUUCUAAGCUCACUCUGCUCAAAAUCAACAACAAUCCGUUUGCUAAAGGAUUU